AUGGCCGUUUUCCCCUCCGACCUGUCUGAUAACAAGCUAAAGAACUUGUCAUCCGGUGUUUUUGAUAAGCUUCACGGAUUAACAAGUCUCGACCUGUCUGAUAACCAGUUGAAGGACUUGCCAUCCAGAAUUUUUGGUCAGCUUCACGGAUUAAAAAGUCUUGACUUGUCCUAUAACCAACUAAAGGAAUUGCCUUCAGACACUUUCAGAGAUAAUCUAUAUCUCAGAGAGCUAUUCUUGAACAACAACAAGUUAAAGAAUUUGUCCUCUGAUCAACUUCCUUGCCGGGCUGACCUGUUUAACAACCUUACAAAACGGAAUUUGCCCUUAUCUCAACGGACUCACUGGAAACAGAGGAAAUGCACAUUCGUAAACUUAACCCUGGACUUCAAUAAACUGGAGACGCUGCCAAGUGGCUUAUUCAAGGCUCAUAAGUUAUAUGAUCUCUGGCUGGGAAACAACAACUUGAAGACAUUACCUGAAGAUCUGUUCGAAGGGCAAACUAAGUUAAAAUACUUGCGUUUGGUCGGCAACCAGCUUGAGAAGCUACCACACAACAUAUUUUAUGGAUUGGCCAACCUGAAGAAACUGGACCUAUCUUAUAACAAGUUGUCCAACUUGUCUCGAGGUGUUCUCAGCACAAACACUAAGCUGAAAGAAUUGGUUUCUAGGCGCUACUUCAUAAGCUAAGUACAUACAAGUAAAAGGGAGAUUACAAAAU